AUGGGCUAUAAGGGAAGUCUUAAUUUGUUGCAUAUUAAGAUGUCUAUGGUGGCUAUUAUAGUUACCAUGUCCUUGAAAUUUGAAUUUGAUCUUGAUUUGAUGACAAAAAAGCCCAAUCAUCUAGAAACAAAAGCAAUUCAUGUAGCAAUCUGCUGUGUUGAUGAUUCUAUUUCAAUAACUGCUUCAUUAUUUCAGCCAUUAACAGGAUAUGGUGUGGCUAAAGUCCUGGAAUCUGGACACCCGGAUUACAAGAAGGGUGAUUUGGUGUGGGGGUUUACCAAAUGGGAAGAGUACAGUUUGGUCCCGGCAUCUCUAAUACUUUUCAAAAUCAAGCACACCGAUGUCCCACUUUCAUACUAUACUGGAAUUCUUGGUAUGCCAGGAAUGACUGCCUAUGCUGGUUUCUUUGAAGUUGGGCUUCCUAAGAAAGGAGAGAAAGUUUUUGUUUCUGCAGCCUCUGGUGCAGUUGGUCAACUUGUUGGUCAAUUUGCUAAAUUCAGCGGUUGUUAUGUCGUUGGAAGUGCUGGAAGUAAAGACAAGGUGGAUUUAUUGAAGAAUAAAUUAGGAUUUGAUGAUGCUUUUAACUACAAAGAAGAGCCAGACCUCAAUGCCGCAUUGAAAAGAUACUUCCCUGAAGGCAUUGACAUUUACUUUGAGAAUGUUGGGGGGAAGACACUUGAUGCCGUGCUGCUAAAUAUGAGAGUCCAUGGCCGAAUAGUCGUAUGUGGAAUGGUCUCGCAGUACAAUCUUGCUCAACCUGAAGGUGUAACAAAUCUGGCGAAUCUCAUAUUCAAGCGGAUUCGUAUGCAAGGCUUUAAUGUUGCCGAUUACUAUCAAUUAUAUCCCAAGUUCUUGGAGUACGUCGUGCCGAAAAUCAAAGAAGGGAAGAUUGUUUAUGUGGAAGACAUAGUCGAGGGCCUUGAAAAGGCUCCUCCGGCUUUGGUUGGCCUUUUCAGCGGUCGCAAUGUUGGAAAACAAGUGAUUGUUCUUGCUCGUGAAUGAAUGUGUAGUUUCAUUUUCUUCCAUUUGGUGUUUAGUAUAUAUGGGUGAGUGUUUUCAUUUGUUCUAUAGCAAAACUUUCCAAUUGCUUUUACCCUUUGGUUCCGAUAUGACAGAAAAAACACUGAUUUCCAAACAUAGUGGAUGCUUUAUGGAGUGUUGAGUAGGGCUGUAAAUUGGUGAAAGGAAGAAAAAGGAUCCAUGUUUCAGUUACAAGUAAGCCAUGAACAUUGGUUAAUACUUAAUUGUUGGCUUAUUGUUGUAAGUCGUUAGUCUAAUUUUCUUAAAUACUGCUAUGCGUGUAUUUAAUAUAGUUUUUAUUAAUAUAAUCUGCUGUUAAAGAUGA